AACCCAUAUAUGCCCAUAGGGUCGAUAACGACCAAAAUUAUGCCGAUACCGUAAAUGCAUGGUGACCGCGAAACUGUUGAUUAAAUUUUGAAUAAAACGCCAUCUAUUGAUUGGUACAAAAACUAUUUUGAAGCACGAGAUAGUUUUGUUGACAGUUCACGACAAUUUAGAGUGACAAAUAAAAGUGCAAGUUUAUGCUUGUUUAUUUCUUGAAAAAGUGUGUGACCGAUCGGAUGCAAAUGCCUCGACACGUACUCUCAACACAUGAAAUAGCCGAUGCCCUGGAGGCCUUUGACGACGAUGAAGAUGUUCAGGGCAUCGAUAUUUACAUGGAUCCGCCUUGCGAUGGUACCAUAUCGGAUGGUGAUUCAGGUGAAGAAGAUUGUGAUAGUCUGAAUCGAUUGAAUCGUCAUCAAUUACUUGCGCCGGCUGAGAUGGUAUUACGACAACGUGAUGAACCUUUUGAAGAUAAUACAAGUAUCGAUGAGGUAAUAGCCAGUCCUAGUCCUAGUUCUGAGCACCUAGAAUCCAUUUCCACGCCAUCGGGACCCAGUCUACACAGGUCACGACGUUCUCGUCCAGUUGAGAUACCGACGAUGAUCACGGAUUCAGAACGUUCUUUUUCGAAUGUGCGUACCAACAGGACCCCUAGGGGUGAUGGCCCUUCUUCAGAACGCAGUAGACAGGCCAACAUGAGGCCACGUAAAUGGAUAAAGCGAGAUCUUUGUACUCAACAAAGUGAGUGGUCACCUCCACUGCCACGAGCAGUUCUAACACUCACCAAGGAAAGUGAACCAAUAGAGUUCUUUGAAUUAUUUUUUAGUGAAGAUGUUAUAAGGUAUAUGGUCAGGCAUACCGUAAUGUACGCUGUUGAAAAGCACAACUAUAAUUUCUGCCUAUCGGGGGAUGAACUGAACUGUUUUAUAGGUAUAAUACUUCUCAGUGGUUACUCGCCUUUACCAAGGCGGCGUAUGUAUUGGGAAUCCAACGAGGAUACGCACAAUAUUUUGAUUGCGAAGUCGAUGAGGCGAAAUCGUUUUGAAGAGAUUUUUAGAUAUUUCCAUGUUGCUGACAACAGCAACCUACGUAAAGGAGAUAAAAUGGCAAAAAUUCGGCCUUUGUUCAACCUCAUGAACAAAAAAUUUCUAAUGUAUGCUCCCAUCGAAAAAAACAUAAGUAUCGAUGAGUCAAUGAUACCAUAUUAUGGACGUCAUGGCUGUAAGCAGCACAUACAUGGAAAACCAAUCCGUUUCGGCUUCAAAGCAUGGGUGGCAGCGACUCGCUUAGGAUACUGCUUACAAGCUGAGUUAUAUGAAGGAAGAUCUGAAGCGCGAGAUACAGGCCUAGGGGAACAUGUUGUUACUAAAUUGACGAAUACAGUCAAGACUGAAUACCCUGAUACACCUUUUUCUGUUUAUUGUGACAACUUUUUUACAUGUCCCAGUUUACUAAGUUCUUUACAAGAAAAAAACGUAAAAAUAACUGGAACUGCUCGUCAAAAUAGAAUAGACAAGUGUCCACUAAUGGAUGCUAAGUCUUGCAAAAAGCAGCCCAGAGGAUUUUAUGAUUACAGAUUGGACACAAAUGAUAAAAUAUGUGCUGUACGAUGGAAUGACAACAACGUCGUAACGAUGUUGUCAAAUGAAUUUGGAGUCCACCCUGUUCAAAAGGCACGUCGAUAUUCAGUUGCUGCUAAACAGAAAAUCGAUAUUGAUCAGCCAAAUGUUGUUCACCAGUACAACCGAUUUAUGGGUGGAGUAGAUAGACUUGAUGCUAAUGUCGGCGUUUACCGGAUUGCCAUCAGAGGAAAAAAAUGGUAUAUGCCCAUAUUGAUGUGGUUGAUUGACGUCGUUGUGAACAAUGCUACUUUACUCGCUAGAUCACACGGGGCAAACGUAGACACUUUGGAAUUUCGUCGAUCUAUUGCAAGAACUUUACUCCUGAAAUAUGGGAAUAUGAGAUCUCAACCUGGGCCACGUCAGCAAGUGAGAACAAAUGUACCCGUUUCUGUUAGAAAAUAUUCAGCUCAACAUAUAAUCCUCACCGGUCAGGUCAGAAAACGAUGUGCAUUAUGUAAAAAUAAAACAGUCAAAAUGUGUCGUAAAUGUAACGUCAAUUUACAUGACAAAUGUUUUGCUGAAUUUCAUUCGUAGUGUACUAUUUUCAUUAUUCUGACUUUUUUUAUUAUUUCUAAAAUUAUCUGAUGUUAUUACUUAAUGGUUCCUAAUAAAGACUGACUAAUAUAA